ACAUUGAAUCUGAUUGAGUAAUCAAUUACUUCAAAUAAAACAUAUUUGUCAAUUUUAUAUAUUUAGUGUGGUCAACAAUAAAAUAAACAAACUAAUAUAUUAAUUACUUCAAAUUUGGAUAUAGAUGUCUACUUCUACUCCAUCCGAUUCUGGUCCUACGAUCACUGAUACGCCGCCCGAGGAUGAAAACCCCAAUGUGGAGGAGGAACGUGUUGCUAGAGAUGGCCGGACAUGGGUGUAUUUCACUCGUAGGUAAGUUUCACAUUGAGUAAUCAGUUAACUUCAAAAUGUAAUGUACAUUAAUUCUAAAUUUAAUUUCAAAACUUUAAGUGUUAUGAGGCCGACUGGAGCUAUUCGGGCUAGGGCGACUGAUAGCUUUCGAGGUAUGCCACAUGAAAGUGGCACCAAUUGGAAGAAUUUGACUGAGGAGAUGAAGGAUUUUUAUUUCAAUGAGUUUGAGCAUUUUGUUGGGAUAAAACGCAACAUACCAUGCAGGCUAUUAAGAAAGCGUGGGUUAAGUCGGCUCGAGUGGCGUAUAAGGAUUACAUCUCCAAUUGCAAGAAGGUCCUUUUGAUACAUAGCAAGACGAUUGAUUAUCUUCAGCCUAACAUUGAGGCUGCUUGGAGGGCUUAUUGGGCUUUGCCUGAGACUCAGGCAAGGUCUGCUCAGGCGUCCAGGAAUCGCCGCUCAGAGCCAUGCGGUCCGGGUACAGGGAUGGCUAUCCAUCAUGGAGGGUCGCAUAGUGCUAUAGAUCAUGCUGAGCAUCUGGCUCGGGAGAGCAAUAUUCCUUUUGACGAGGCUUCUUGGGCUACUUUUCGACGGAUCCAUUAUAAGAAUGGACAGUAUACCGCUGGACGACCUGCGCAGCACGGGUUGGAGGUCGAGAGGAGAUUGGCAGAGCUUCGCCAAACACAGGAAGAGGUUACGCUCUCAGAUGUAGAUCGCAUCUUCCGAGAGGUCGUCACUCUUGAUCCGAGGGGGCAUCAUGGGAUUAGGCAUGAUGAUGUCCAGGGCGAUUAUUGAGAGCGGCGAGUCGUCGAGCACGCACUCCACUAGCCUUUCCCUGUUGCCUCGAGAGAUGAGCUCAUUACAUUGAGGGAGGAGCUGAGCUCCACACAGAGGGAGCUAGAGGUCAGGAGAGCGAGCGAGGAGGCUCAGAGCAGGGCUAUACAGGAGAUGCAAGCCCAGAUCGCGCUCCUCAUGCGAGGAUAUCGAGCACAGUCCCCCUCCGACGCCUCUGAUGGGACCCACCCGGACCUCUGAUUAUAUUUACUCUCGUUUGUUGUAGAUACUAUACUUUGAAUACUGAAUUUCUAAACUUGUUGACAUAUUUUAUGAUUUGCUACUUUGUUAUUUGA